GCCGCCAUGCCGGGGCCGCGCACCCUCGUCAACCUGGUGGAGUUCUUCUGCAGGGACGGCUUCAGCCGCAUCCACGAGAUCCAGGGAGGGCGAACGGUGGCUCAAAAUGAGAAGUGUACUGAGACGGAGAAUUCUGAAGCCAAAAGAUGUGGCCAUUUUUUCUGGAGAAGUCAACCAGGUUAUUGCUGAUUUAAUUAAAAGAAUCUACAUCCUCAGGAGCCAGGCAGAAGACGGAGAAACUGUGACCAAUGUCAAUGACCUUUUCUUCAAAUAUUCAAUGGAAGGAGUGGCCACUAUCCUGUAUGAGAGUCGUUUGGGCUGCCUGGAAAACAGUGUCCCCCAGCCCACCGUGGAGUACAUCAAGGCCCUGGAGCUCAUGUUCAGCAUGUUCAAGACCUCCAUGUACGCAGGUGCCAUCCCCAGAUGGCUUCGUCCCUUCAUCCCAAAACCCUGGCAAGAGUUCUGCAGGUCCUGGGAUGGACUCUUCAGAUUCAGCCAAAUUCACGUUGACAACAAGUUGAGGGACAUACAGUACCAAACGGACCGAGGCCAGAGCGUGAGAGGGGGACUUCUCACGUACCUCUUCCUUAGCCAGGCGCUGACGCUCGAGGAGAUCUACGCCAACGUGACCGAGAUGCUGCUGGCCGGCGUCGACACGACGUCGUUCACGUUGUCCUGGGCAGUGUAUCUCCUGGCAAGGCACCCGGAAGUGCAGCAGAUGGUGUACCAGGAGAUAGUGAAGAAUUUGGGGGAAAGGCAUGUUCCAACAGCAGCAGACGUCCCCAGAGUCCCACUAGUCAGAGCUCUCCUUAAGGAAACCCUGAGGCUGUUUCCAGUGCUCCCCGGGAAUGGCCGUGUCACCCAGGAAGACCUGGUUAUUGGCGGGUAUCUGAUCCCCAAAGGCACCCAGCUGGCCCUCUGCCACUACGCCACGUCCUACGAGGAUGAGAACUUCCCUCGGGCCAAGGAGUUCCGGCCAGAGCGCUGGCUGCGGAGAGGAAACCCGGGCAGAGUUGACAACUUUGGGUCCAUCCCCUUCGGUUACGGGGUUCGUAGCUGCAUCGGGCGGAGAAUCGCAGAGCUGGAGAUUCACCUUGUCGUGAUCCAGCUGCUUCAGCAUUUUGAGAUCAAAAUAUCUUCUCAGACUAAAGCUGUUCAUGCUAAAACCCAUGGGCUCCUGACGCCGGGGGCGCCCAUCCACGUGCGUUUUGUUAACAGAAAGUAA